ACCAACACGAUCGCAUUUCGGAUUUACAAGUUUACAUGUCUGGAUUUUUGAACACGAUUACCCUCCAUAAGCAUAAGCAUACCUUUAGUAUUCAUGAAAAUUACGACGUUCGGGAAUAAGAAGAAAACUAAAGAAGUUUAUUCUGUUAUAGAACUAGGCCAUGAACCAACUGUUUAAAGUGUUUGUGACGCGAAGAAUCCCCGACCCUGGGACGCAAAUUUUGACGCCGAGCUGCGACGUAACUUUUUGGGAGAGUGAUGACGCCAUACCAAGAGAAGACCUCUUGAAAAAUGUGAAGGGUGUGGAUGCUAUUUUGUGCAUGCUGACCGACAAAAUUGACAGAGAAGUGUUGGAACGAGCAGGGCCCCAGCUCCAGGUGGUGUCGACGAUGUCGGUAGGUUACGAGCAUAUCGACCUCCAGGCCUGUCAGGAGAGGGGUGUGUCGGUCACAAACACCCCCAACGUAUCGACGGACAGCGUGGCGGAGCUGACAGUGUCACUGGUCCUGCUCACCGCCCGCAGGCUCCUGGAAGGUGCAUAUGCGGUGAAAAAUGGCGAAUGGGGGAAAUGGAAACCUAUGUGGCUCUAUGGAGUUGAGAUGAAGAAACGAACAUUUGGAAUAAUGGGUCUCGGUCGUAUUGGUUAUGGAGUAGCGAAAAGAAUUAAACCGUUUGGAGUCGAAAGGAUCAUUUAUCACGAUGUUCAGAAACUAAGCUUUGCUUCGGACUUUGGAGGCGAGUAUGUUGAAUUUGAGGAUCUUGUCAAAGAGUCGGACAUCCUGUGUAUAUGUUGCAAUAUGAACCCCCAAACGAGGCAUUUGUUUAACAAGAAAACGUUUCAGAAGAUGAAAACAACUGCCAUUAUUAUAAAUACCGGAAGAGGGGGAAUCAUCAACCAUGAUGAUCUCUACGAAGCCUUGACAUCCCAUCAAAUUGCUGCUGCCGGGCUUGACGUCACAGAACCAGAACCACUUCCUAUGAACCACCCAUUACUCACCUUGAAUAAUUGCGUCAUACUUCCACACAUGGGGAGCAAUACAUGGGAGUCAAGAAACCGCAUGGCAGAAAUUGCGGCUGAAAAUAUCAUAAGUGUACUGAACAAGGGUCGUCCGAAAGGGGAGGUGCUACGACGGAUUGAAGCAUAGUUUUUGACGGUUUUUUUAAUAAUAAUCUAUUGCAAUAUACUCUUUUUACAUUAUUUUUUUUACAAUCUCUAAUGUUAACUUAUUAUAACUGUGUGUAUCUUGUUUUGCUUGUUUUUAAAAAUAUAUGAAUAAUAAAUGAUUUCAAAAUAUGAUAUUAAUACAUCAAUAAAAAAUUAUAUGCAUGAAUUUUAUGGAAGCCUAUUAGUAUCAUUUAUGUAACUGAAAAUGAAAAGAUAUUCUUUUUAUCGUCU